GAUGAAUUCAUGGAGUUGGGCAGCUCCGUCCCAGAUGAGCAGCUGGAUAAAGUCCUGGCCAGCCUGAAGCCCAACCAGUGUUGCACCAUCAUCUACACGUCGGGGACCACCGGGAACCCCAAAGGAGUCAUGCUAAGCCACGACAACAUCACGUGGACGGCCAGAGCGGCCGGAGAGUACGUGCACCUGAAGACGGCCUUGGAGGGCCAGGAGAGCGUGGUCAGCUAUCUACCACUCAGCCAUGUCGCCGCACAGAUGAUUGACAUCUGGCUGCCCGUCACCUUUGGCGUGGAAACCUACUUCGCUCAGCCCGACGCCCUGAAGGGCAGCCUGGUGGACACCCUGCGGGAAGUGAGGCCCACGGCGUUCAUGGGCGUCCCCCGCGUGUGGGAGAAGAUGCAGGAGCGGAUGAAGUCAGUGGGGGCCAAGUCCUCCACGCUGCGGAAGAAGAUCGCCGUUUGGGCCAAAGCCGUGGGGCUGGAGACCAACCUGAAGCGCAUGAACGGAUCCGUUGAGCUCCCGAUGAACUACCGGCUGGCGAGAGCGCUGGUUUAUAAAAAGGUCCGGAAAGCGCUGGGUUUGGACCGCUGCACCAAAUGUUACACGGGGGCGGCCCCCAUCACGAAGGACACCUUGGAGUUUUUCCUCAGCCUGGACAUUGUGAUUUACGAGCUCUACGGCAUGAGCGAAAGUUCGGGCCCUCACACUGUUUCGUAUCCAACGUCGUACAGGAUGUCAAGCUGCGGCAAGGAGAUUACAGGCUGCCAGACAAUGUUUUUCAAGCCAGACCAGGAAGGAAUCGGCGAGGUGUGCUUUGCCGGGCGCCAUGUCUUUAUGGGCUACCUGAACAUGGAAGACAAAACGAAAGAAGCAAUUGACAGCGAGGGAUGGCUCCAUUCCGGGGAUCUGGGCCGGCACGAUGAAGACGGCUUCCUGUACAUCACCGGGAGGAUCAAAGAGCUAAUCAUCACCGCGGGAGGAGAGAAUAUUCCCCCGAUCCCGAUCGAAGACGCCGUCAAGGAGGCCGUCCCCAUUCUCAGUAACGUCAUGUUGGUGGGAGACAAAGCCAAAUACCUCGUCAUGCUGAUGACCCUUAAGAGCAAGAUGAACUUGGAAACGGGACUCUCGGAAGACGAGCUGACCCCCGAAGCCGUGCAGUUUUGCCAGAAGCUGGGCAGCAAAUCCACCAAGGUCUCCGACAUCGUGGGGAACAAAGACUUGGCCGUGUACACCGCCAUCCAGAAGGGGGUCAUGAAGGUCAACGAUCAGGCCACCUCCAACGCUCAGAAAAUCCAGAAGUGGCUCCUUCUGAACAAGGACUUCUCCAUCCAGAGUGGGGAGCUUGGCCCAACCAUGAAGCUGAAGAGGCCCGUGGUAAGCAAGAUGUACGAAGAACAGAUCCAACAGCUUUACUCCGAAACACCGAAUUUGUGAACCAGGAUGCGCGUCUCUCCGCCGGCCUCUGCCCAAAGGGCGGCAGCGUCUUUCCCGGAGCCUCUGGGGAGGCUUCCCUUGAUAAACGAGGUUUUUUUUUCCCCCGAUAACGGCAUGUUGUCUUCUCUUGCCUUCCCCCAAGGCAGAAGACUCCUCUGCCCUUGGGACUCCGGCUGUGCCAAGGGGGAAGCUUCCGGAAGACCCUCGCCGGCUCCUUUGACCCCAGGGUCCCUCUUCCUGAAAGGAAUGUACCAACCUCA